CGUCGUGCUCUGAGGACGCUGCUCACGUUUGUUAAUGCGGAAAAACCAGCCGGGCACACGGCAAAUUGUGCGCUAGUUAUGCGCGUUUAACAAGCGCAAAUCCUGAGGAGGGGGAGGACACUUGUCUACGGUACUCAGCCCGUGUGCUGAGCUGUGGUUCAUUGUGUGGUUCCUUGUGGUCUUCAUCACACUCUAAAGGCUGGUCCCAGCUGCCAGGCUCAUCCAUCAUACAACAGCCAUAGAGGAAAGGCAAGGUGACAGUCUAUGUGACAACCGGUGACAACCAUAGAGGGAAAGUGCUAUUUGGGGAAGAUGGCAUCACCCUUUGUGCCUGUCCCUGUGCCUUUGGACAGAGCUUUGUCUGGGGACAGUGGCAAACCACGACGACCCCAGCGAGCAUCAUCGCUUGGAAGUGUUUCCAGCAGUUCGGAGUCCUCUUCUACCAGCAAGAGUACUAGAGAGGACCAAUGGAAAGGAGGUGGAGAAGAGGGAAUAGGUUCUCGGCAAAAGUCCCACUGCCCGGAGAGAGAAAGAAGGAGCCAGACCCCACCACCCCUCCGGAGCCCUGUGACACGGGCCAAGGUGAAUGGAGGUCUUGAGCCUUCAGUGGAAUAUUCCAGUUGCCCCCGAUCAGCAUCAGACCCUGCAGGAAGCCAACAGGUUGAGGAGAGACCCAUCACCCCCACCGUGUUAGGCUACGAGGUCAUGGAAGAGAGGGCCAAGUUCACGGUGUAUAAGGUCCUGGUCAGGGGGACUCAAGACGAAAGCUGGGUUGUCUUCAGAAGGUACACGGACUUCUCCAGACUCAAUGACAAGCUGAAGGAGAUGUUUCCAGGAUUCCGCCUCGCGCUGCCUCCUAAGCGAUGGUUCAAAGACAAUUACGACACUGACUUCCUGGAAGAGAGACAGCUAGGCCUGCAAGCUUUCCUGCAAAACUUGGUUGCACACAAGGAUAUCGCCAACUGUCUGGCAGUGCGAGAAUUUCUAUGUCUGGAUGAUCCGCCUGGCCCCUUUGACAGUCUGGAGGAGAGCCGGGCGUUCUGUGAGACACUGGAGGAGAGCAACUACCGUCUGCAGAGGGAACUGCUGGAGAAGCAAAAGGAGAUUACAUCCCUGAGGAGGAAACUGGAGGAGAGGGAACAAGCCAUCCUGCUGUUGGAGAGACACAUCAAUGGAGAGUGUAUAAGCCCAGAGUCACCAUGUGGUCUGUCAGGCCAGGGCAGUGAGAGCAGCGCAGACGGGUAUGUGGAGUCAUCCAUUGUGGAGGCAGACCAGGACAUGCCUGAGGAAAACGGUGGUAGGUGCGGGGUCCAGCCAGUGCGCUCCUCAGCCUGUUGGUGUGGGCCAGUGCUCAGCAGCUCUCCUCCAGUCAUCCAGGUCACCCAGCUUCACCACUGAAGACCUGAACAUCAGACCAAUCUCCAAUGUCGGUCUUCCGCAUCUCCCCUCUCCUGCCGUUCUUCCCUCUCUUUUUCCCCGACAUCUGCUAUGGUGCCGGUUCUUCCUUUUUAUAGUUUGUCCUUUUGUCCUUUGUCUGCCACUGCCCUCCCCAGUUUCACCUCUUGGACCCCACCUCAUCAAUAAUCUCCGACCUCUCUCACCUCCCCUUCCAUUUGUAGGGUCGUAAUUCCUAUAGAUCCCUUUUAUAAUCUUGCCCUCUGUCUGACCUCCCUUUUUCCAUUUUUUCUCCCGUUUCCCCUCCUCUCUCUCUCUCUCUCCCUUCCUUGUGGAACAUAACCACUGUUUUCCUCAAAGCUGCCCGGAUGGGUGGGGGGUAGGGUGCUGGCUGUGUGCAGCAAGACAAAUGAUGGACGCUUCGCUACUCAUCUCAAACUCCCAUGAUUCCAUAGCCUUCAUCAUGGCAUGUUCGGAAAGAUUCCACUGGGCAUUACAGUUUUCUGUUGCAACAGCCCCUACUGUGCUCAUUGUUAUUUUCUCCCUGUGGAUCAAAUGUCUGACUGAUGAAGAUGUCAGGGGACAUUUUACUGAGCAACAAUAUACAGCGCUAAAAAACUGGAAAAAUGUGACCAUCCUUCUUUAGAUCAUGGAGAUCUUUCAGGAUAAGGAGUAAUGACCUAAACGGGGAUAUUAAUGGCCUCAGAUUGUCAAGCAACUUUUUGGCUGUUUGCUGGUUCUGGACACUCGCUGCUGUGGAGAUGAGAUGCCUGAUUGGGUUGCCGUGAUGCUGUGAUCACAAAGCCAAAGAGUGGCUUCUUGACCAAAACCUCCCAAGAGAUUCACAAGUCUCAAACAAAUGGGUCUUAAGAUGACUGGCACUGUGGCAUUUCGUUGUAACAAUCCAGAGAACUCGGCCCCACGCCGGUGACAAAAGGGAAAGAACCCCACCAUGUCAAUAUAGAUGGGGAAGGCUUAAGCAAACAGUGACUCAGGGUUAAGAAUAUCAAACAAACGGGUGCAUCUGCGGUGGUGGGACAGUGCUUGCGUGGACAUUAGUGUAGUGUGGUGUGAUGGGAUGGGAUAAAAUCAAUUCAUAUCUUAGUAGUACUUUCACCUUUUAUUUUUUGUCACUGUCUACAAGUGCUUCCAUUUCAUUUCUUUGCACGGCCACAUUUAAGCUAAAAACCAUGCCGUUGUGAUUGUUGAUACGUAUACUUGAGAAACCCCACUGUGUCCUUUCCAGUUUAACUUAGUGUACGUCAAACAUGUUUGUUUUGAAACCCCACAUUCCUAAAUGCCAUGCGUUUUAUGCACUAAACAAGGCAAUAUCUUGGAAAGGGCCAUUAAAUCAAGCUGAAGCAUACCAUGAGUGCCAUGGCCUCAUGGCAUACUGCUUACAUCAAUUGCUAUUUCCAGGAAAGACUAUACUUUUCAUGUUAUUUCUCUUCCACAUUCCAUAGUCUGUUUUUCACCCACAAAUGUGCAGGGUUGCAUUUCUGGGCAUUAAAAAUGUAUAGAUAUUUACACUGGACCUCCUUUGGCAUUUUGUUAGUUCAAACAAGACUUCCUGGACUGAACCGGGUGUAAAUCUGUCUCUAUAUAAUCUGCUGAUGUAUAACAGUAUUAAGAUUUAGGGGUUCAUUGACAAAAUUAAAUUUUGCAUUUCUCUAGAUCAUGCAGUCUGCUGGCUGGACAUGUAUUGGUGGUUUCUAUUUAAGUGACCUCAGCUAAGGUCCUGAAAUGCAGAGUUAUGUCACCAGUGGAACUUAACUCAAUUCAAGGUAGCAAGAUCUUGUGCCACAGUAGCUGAGACGCCUCCAUAAAUCAUGGCCUGCAGGACUUGAGUCACAUUUCCAGGGCCAAGUGAAAUUGGGACAACUGUAAGGGACGUGAGCCUGUCCUAAGAUUGUUUAAUAAAGUUUCGAUCAGUUACCGAAUUAUUCCCCAUGUAAAUAAGAUAAACGGUGAAUAAUGAGUCGUUUUUGGAAGCAAUUUAGGAAGUUCUUGGGUUAUGUAGAAGAAACCAGGCUAAUAUUGUGGGGCUAACAACCAUCCCUAAAAGCCAUACACGUGUCCCAAAAUAGGCCUUAAAGGGUGAAGCUUUUACAUGCCAAGUGGUGUAUGUUGCAGUCCAGCUGUGAGGGUUUUCAUACUUUGAAUAUAAGUUAACAGCUAUAACGUGUUUAGUUGUUUCAGACUUGGCCGGAUGGGGCCAUGUUAUGCACUUUAUAGAGGAGCAGGAGUGCAUGUGUGCUGGAGAAAAGUGUAACCACUGGCCUGAAUCAGAGUGCCUUUUUCAUUAUUCAGUCUGUCUUGCUCUUCAUUAUGGACCCCUUGCAUAUUAAUAUGGAUUUAUUUUGCUUUAGUAUAGUCCCCCUGAAUAAUAAUUCAAAGUGCCUUGAAUUUCUUGCCUGUUCCUUUCCAAUAUUUCUGGACUGUUUUAGCUCUAUUGAUUUUGUGAUUAGCAUUAAAAUAUUUAAUGUUACUCAGAUGGUUGGAGCAUUUUAAAUAACAUUUAACUUAUGCAUAUGUUGGAUUGGGGUGAAUUGAUUACAAGUCGAUUGUAGCGGUGCAAAAUGAUAAAGAAAAAGAGUCUGGAGUUGACAUAUAUACAUGUACAGUUGCACUAUUGAGUACUUUUUAUGAUUAACAUUUGUUUCCACAUUAUCUUUGACAGUUUUAAGGUGAUGGCUCACUCCAAAGCUUGAGCUCAGUAGAUAAUGCUGCAUACUUUAUUGACGAUGUUUAUGAUAAUGAAUUACUAAAACCACAAAUAAAUAAGAAUGAAUGCACAUUUAUUUUCCCCACAUCCUGCCAUGUGACGUUUAUUCGGCUAUGUGUAUGGUUUUCUUGCUCUUAUUUCUUUAUGUAGUACUGUCUGAGGAACAACUGCGGACUAAUUGGACAGUUAACGAGUAACUGGGGCUUUCCUACAGUUAGGACCCCAAAUUUGUGAUCUUUUCAAAGUAGAAUAAAUAUUUUCCACACAAAAAACCCCCACUGGUUUUAUGCUGUUUUUUUUUUAACACCUGACCCAGUACCCCCUAAAAUAACUUAAUUUGUCCCUCUCGUAUAAAUUCUUAAUAGCUUUCAAUCAAAGUUUUCUCCUUUGCCACUGUCAUUUUUCAUGGGAUCGAUUCCAGAGGGGACUUUAGAAACAUUCCAGAAAGUGGGACAUUAGAAUAUUGCCCCCCCCCCCCCCGUCCUCUUUUAAAUUUCACAGCAAGCCUGAUUGUCAGCAAACAGGAUUUACGGAUGUAACGACAUCUCUUUAAAUUCUGGAUUGCCGCCGGGGCUUAACGCAAGAUAAUCAUUUGCCUCAAACGCUCGCAAAUCAAAUGUUUAUUACCACCAACAAAAUCUUGUGAUCUCCGAUGAUGUAGGCCAGUGUAGCCUCUGGGUAACCCCCCACCACCACCACCACCACCUCCCCAUCCUAGUGAAGUUUUGCCCUACGCCAUGUUCUCGUCAAGAUUUAAAGUGACUUGAGAUGUCGAACAGAUUUCCAGAAUUCACAGAAUUGUUAUUCUCGUUCUAAUUCAUGUCUCCUGACAGUCUGAGUCGGUGUUGAAUGCCGGGGUUGCUGACAAGGUCCUGAAGGAUAAUGCGCUCGCCGUGCUGAGGUCAGGCUGAAGGGGAUUGGUUAAACAAUGUCCAUGUCAACCUUGUUGAAUAUGAGGGGUGAGAGUUACACAGAUAGAAAAUUAAACACCGAAUUGAUGGAAUUGCAUCAAAUUGUUAUCUAAAUUAAAUGUUUAUCUGUUCGCUCUUCUACAAGCACCAGCCUUACAAGAUGUUUUCCUUUCUCCUGCUUUGUUUUGU